AUGUCUUCUCAUUUAUCUCCACCCAAGAUCACCAAUGGAUCUAGAGCGGAAAACACACCCUCACCGUCUAUAAGCCCGCAUUCUUUACAUUCCAAAAAUAUUCAUAACCCAUCAAUAUCACCAACCCCAACCACUCCAAAUGCCUUCCAUAUCUCCUCGUCAUUCUCAGACCCACCAAGAUUCUCCUUAAGAGCGAAGGAUAAACCUCUAAUGACCCGUCAUCGCGCUCCUUGGAAGAAACUUCUCUACCUUCAUCAAUCAUACCCUGAUAAUUACACCAGUGCCUCAUUCCUCUCACAACUUAAACGGAACACAACCGUCAUUAAACAUUCAUAUUGGAAAUUGGUGGAUGAUUUCGCUCUUAUUGCUCAACAUCUUUCCUCCAUAAUGGCUGUGAUUGUUCUUUUUGUUGGAAUUCAUUCACAAAAUAUUAACCCAAUCCGUCCCACGGUCUAUACCACCAUCAUAACAUCAGUGGCAUACAUGGCAACCAACCAACAUUCAUCCAAGUCUCUCAAAUCGUCCUUGGUACUACUCUUCAUCAUUUUAAUUCUUUCCCCAGUCCUCAAGUCCCUCACAAAGUCCACUUCUUCAGAUUCAAUCUGGGCCAUUUCAUCAUGUCUUUGUCUUGCCAAUACUCUUUUCCAUGAAUAUGCCCUUGCAUCUCAUGUGGCAGACUGCAAGCCUAUCAUUUCCACCAACAUUUCACUUGCCAAUGCAGUUGUGUUAGCUUCAAGACUCUCAUCAAACAUCUCAGUGUUUUGCUUUGUUCUCUUUUCCAUUCAAGUGAACAUCCUUCUACCACUUUUCGAUUUAAAUUUACGUCAUUAUUACCCAAUGAAUUAUCAUCGGACACUUUUCAUCUCAUCUUCAGUGGUAAUAGCCACAAUGAUUGGUCGAAUCUUGGGCCUCAAACUUCUAUUGAUUUGGAUUUCGUUUCAAAUCUCUUUGGUUUUCAUUCUUCCAGCUUAUUUUAUAUUCCUUCAACGAUACAAAAAUGAACUUCAAGGCCCUUGGGAUCCUGCAAUUCCAAUCACUUAG